AUGGUGUUCUCCAGAAAUGAGUACGACCUGGUGCUGAAUUCAGACAUCAACAGUAACCACUACCAUCAGUGGUUCUACUUUGAGGUGAGCGGUAUGCGAGUGGGAACAAUGUACCGCUUCAACAUCAUCAACUGUGAGAAGUCCAACAGCCAGUUCAACUACGGCAUGCAGGUACUGAUGUACUCUGUGCAGGAGGCGAUCAGUGGAAGGCCUCGCUGGGUCAGAACAGGAACAGACAUCUGUUACUACAAGAAUCACUUUGCGAGGAGCUCCAUUGCAGCCGGCGGUCAGAAAGGAAAAUCCUAUUACACGAUGACCUUCACAACGAGCUUCAGCCACAAGGACGACGUCUGCUACUUUGCCUAUCAUUACCCGUACACAUACUCCACUCUUAAGAUGCACCUGUCCAAACUGGAGGCUCUGAGGACCCCCCAGAUCUACCUGAGACAGGACGUCCUGUGUGAAACUCUAGGGGGAAACAAAUGCCCCCUCCUCACCAUCACUGCCAUGCCAGAGUCCAACUCCAAUGAUCACAUCUGUCAAUUCAGGAAUCGCCCAUUGAUCUUCCUGUCAGCCAGAGUGCACCCCGGAGAGACCAACGCUAGCUGGGUAAUGAAGGGCACGCUGGAGUUCCUGAUGGGCACCAGCCCGCUGGCAGCCAGCCUGAGAGAUGCCUACAUCUUCAAGAUCGUCCCCAUGCUGAACCCUGAUGGAGUUAUAAAUGGAAAUCAUCGUUGUUCUCUGAGCGGAGAAGAUUUGAAUCGCCAGUGGCAGAGCCCCAAUCCUGAGCUCCACCCCACCAUCUACCACACUAAGAGCCUGCUGCAGUACCUUGCACACAUACAAAGGGCACCGCUGGUGUUUUGCGAUUACCACGGUCAUUCCAGAAAGAAGAACGUGUUCAUGUACGGCUGCAGCGUGAAGGAGACGGUCUGGCAGUCCAACAUCAGCGCCACGUCCAGCGACCUGCAAGAAGACCUUGGAUACAGGGCUCUACCUAAGAUCCUGUCCCAGAUCGCCCCGGCCUUCAGCAUGGCCAGCUGCAGUUUUGUCGUGGAGCGCUCCAAAGAGUCGACCGCCCGCGUUGUUGUAUGGAGAGAGAUAGGAGUGCAGCGCAGCUACACCAUGGAGAGCACGCUGUGUGGCUGUGACCAGGGCAAAUACAAGGGUCUGCAGAUCGGCACCAGAGAGCUGGAGGAGAUGGGCGCUCAGUUCUGCGUGGCCCUGCUGAGGCUGAAGAGGCUGACGGGGCUCCGCAACCACCAACAUCUGCUGGAUCUGGAGAGCGAUAUCAUCGGGCCGCAGUGUAAAGUGGUCAGGUAGGUUAAGUGGAGCCGCAGAAAACCAUUACGCACAAGCUCAGACGGAAGCUGUGAGACUAUUAAUAGACUUAGAGUGUGACUUUGCAUCUCACUACUCCAAAACAAACCAGACACAGCCUCGUUGAAACACUACAGAUUCAUAAAACAGAUAUAUAUUUCUCUCAGGAUUGUAAAAACAGUGUCCUCAUGCAACCUUUCAAGGAUAUCGGAGCUUUUGAAAGAGGUUCUGUUUCCACAACUCCGACCAGGAAAACAGUAAAUUGGUUACAGAAUAGUUUCUUUUUUUAUCUGCAC